CACAUUACAACAAACAGAUUAAAUAUGGAUGUGCACAGUUGCGUAUGCAUAUGCAAAUCAAAGACACAGACAACCCACCUUCUUCUUCUCCAUAUAUUCUUCCAAGGAAAAAAAAUCCCUUUUUUAUCAUUAAAUUAUGGCCUCAACAGCCAAACUUUCCUACCAAAGACUCAGAAAUGAAGGUGGGUUUGAUGAUGAUGAUUAUGAUUAUAUAGCAGAUAGGGUGAUUGGGAGAGCAAGAAGCUGGGCCAGAUUCAGAAAAGUUCCUCUUCGGAGGAGAUUUAGGGUUAGAAUCCCAAGCUUGAGGAGGUUCUUGAGGAGAAAAGCAAGGGUGGUUGUGGCUGCUUGCAGUAAGGUUGUGAAGAGGUUGAAGGAGGGUCAGUCUCAUUUUGGAGAUCUCUUUGCUGGGAACUAUCUGUUCAUGCAGGUCACUCCUACACCUUUGAAGUGUGUUGACAAGUCUUUAAAGGGUCAUUAUCAUCUUCCAGGCUUGUCUUCUGGGUAUUCUCUUCCAAGGGUUUCUUAUUGAGUAUUUCUUUUACUUGAUCUUCUUUAGAAGAUUUGUAUUGUAAUUUGUACUUUUAUUAAUUUUGGGAUUAUUAUUAUGGACUCAAGGCUUGUCCGAAUUGUAUAAUGACCAUAUAUUAGAUGAAUUUCAUCCAAAAUAAAGCUUGGUGAUUCAGUAAUAUGGUAGAGUUUGCUUAUAAAUGUGUUUAUGGAGUGCUAUAUUCAUUAAUAAGU